AAUCACCGUGUAUUAAUUCCAAAGGUGGGAAAAUAUGGAAGGUUUCGCUUGCAGUUCGUAAAAUCAUAACAUUCGUUUAUCUCGUUUUGUGUUCGUAACGUGUGUCCGCCGUUAGAGAAUCACGACUUUUAAGUGGAUUAUUUAAACGAGAAAGUGCAUCUGAAAGUUUCUUCUAAUUAUUGAGAUGUACUCGUUUUAAGUGCAUACGCCGCCAUCCUAAGCAUUAUUUUUAUUAUGCAUAGCAAAAAUACAGAUAAGGUGAACGUCAAAAGCAAUACAACCGAUGUAGAGUGCGGGAAGUCGGUCGAAUCAAAAAAUUUGGACGAAGAAAAAAACAUUUCCCGACGAGGAAUUUAUUCAAAAACAAGACCAGUUAGAGUCUUGAUUAGAAAACUGGUGAUUAUGUCAGUUAUUAUUGCUGCCUUAGUGGCUUUAGGAGCCGUUAUAGGAUAUUUUCUUGGAUGGAUUUUCCUAAUUCAAAUAAUUAUAGUAGCUAUAGUGGCCUACAUAGCGGCAGGAAAGUGGAGAUGGUGGUAUGUAGCGGUUAUGACUGCUCCCAGAGAUAUAAGGGCGUUAUACAGAUAUAUAUUUGUUUUAAUACAAAUAAAAACAUUACAAAGAAAUAAUGUUACAAUAGCUCAAUUAUUUCAAAGGAACGUAAAGAAACACCCGAAUAAAACGUGUAUAUUAUUCGAAGAUCAGGAAUGGACAUUUGCACAGGUUGAGGAAUAUAGUAAUAAAAUAGCGAAUAUAUUCAAAGGUCACGGUUACAAAAAAGGUGACAAGGUAGCUUUGUUCCUUGAAAACAAACCGGAAUUUAUAUGCAUAUGGUUAGGUCUCUCUAAGAUAGGUGUUAUUACCCCUCUGAUAAAUACAAAUUUAAGACUGAGUACAUUAGUACAUUCCAUCACCGUAUCUAAAAGUCAAGCUGUUAUAUUUGGUACCGAAUUAUCCAACGCUAUAAGUGAAAUAUUGGAUAAAAUAGAAGCUGAAGUAGCCUUAUACCAAAUUAGUUGCAAUAACAAUAUCGCAAACGUGAGUCAAAAAUAUCACAAUUUGGAUACUUUGGUUAAAGAUGCUGCAUCAACUUGUCCAACAAUCAAAGAACCUCUCAAUUACAAUGACUGCUUGGUAUACAUUUAUACGUCAGGGACCACCGGAUUGCCCAAAGCUGCGGUGAUCAGCAAUUCAAGGUACAUAUUUAUAGCUGCGGCGAUGCAUUGGUUGACGAAUUUCAAAUCUUCUGACAUCUUUUACACUCCGCUUCCGUUGUAUCAUACAGCCGGAGGAUGUAUGACAGUCGGGCAAAUGCUUAUCUACGGCGCUACAAUAGUAAUUAAAAAAAAGUUUUCCGCGUCUGGAUAUUUCGAGGAUUGUAGAAAAUACAAAGCAACGGUAGCUCAAUAUAUAGGAGAAAUGUGUAGGUACAUAUUAGCGGUUCCACCUGGUGAAAAAGAUAAACGACAUAAUGUUAGAAUGAUAUAUGGGAAUGGGCUUCGUCCACAGAUAUGGAGAGAAUUUGUUGAUAGAUUUAAUAUUAAAAAUGUAGGAGAAUUUUAUGGAGCGACAGAAGGAAAUGCUAAUAUCGUUAACAUUGAUAAUACUGUUGGAGCUAUAGGUUUCGUCUCCAGGAUAAUCCCUUCAGUUUAUCCUAUUUCUAUAAUAAAGGUAGAUGAACAUACCGGUGAACCGAUACGAGAUGCAACUGGUUUGUGUAUGCCCUGUAAACCGAACGAGCCCGGUGUAUUUGUAGGUAAAAUCAUUCCGAACGAUCCUUCGAGAGCCUUUUUGGGUUACGUAGACAAAGAAGCUUCCAAAAAGAAGAUCAUUUAUGACGUCUUCCAUCACGGAGAUAGUGCCUUUUUGUCGGGAGAUAUUUUGGUGGCCGAUGAGUUUGGAUAUUUAUUCUUUAAGGAUCGUACAGGAGACACUUUCCGAUGGAAGGGCGAAAAUGUCUCAACGGCGGAAGUGGAAGCUGUAAUGAGCAAUAUCAUAGAUUAUAAAGACGUUGUAGUAUACGGUGUAGAAAUUAGGGGACAGGAAGGACGUGCUGGUAUGGCUGCCAUUUUAGAUCCCGAAGAAACAGUCAAUUUGAACGAACUAUUUGAAGGAUUAAAAAAAGCUUUACCAUCUUAUGCCAGACCGAUUUUCAUAAGGAUAUUACGAAAAAUAGAUUUGACCGGUACAUAUAAAUUGAAAAAGAAUGAUUUACAACAAGAAGGAUUCGAUCCAUCCAAGGGUGAUAAUAUUUAUUACUUGAAUAUUAAUAAAGGUGCUUACGAAAAAGUAACAAAUGAUAUUUAUAAUAAAAUAAAUGAUGGAAUUUUAAGAGUAUAAAAUGAGGUUCAACUUGACGAAUUUAAGAUUCUAUAGGUGUGAUUGAAUGCACUUACAUUGGGUUAAAAUAGAUCUUUAUUUUAUUGAUUUAAUUGAAUUUUUUCUUGAAAGUUUAAUUAGCGAACUCAUAGUAUGGAUAUGAGGUUAUAUUUAUUAUCAAAAACACCAAUACUCACAUUAUUCAGAACUCAAUGCAUGUGUUUCCUUAAAUGAUAUUACUUAACUUAUUUCUACACAGUUUGAUACAAAAUAGCAAAAAGCUUGGUAAUGUGCACACUGUGUAUUUAAUAUUUUCAAACUGGCAGCUUUCUCAACAUACACACUUGACAAAAUGUAAUGUCAUGAUUCCUUUCCAUAUUUAAAACAAUAGUGAUAAGAAAGUGUUGUACAAGAAUUUAUCUGUGAUUAGUAGAAUGUGCAGUUUCGGUCGGAUUUUUUACAUUAAUAUUUCGAUCCAAACAAUUGUCAUUUUCUAUUUAAUUUCCAACCGGCAACUCUAUUUAUAUAGAUAAAUUUGGUGGAUUUUCCGAUUAACACCUUUUCGGUUUUUUUCUCAAAUUCAUAUUGGAUAAAAAAUUAUAUUGAAAUAAAAGAGUAUUGAUAUAUGGAUAGUAAUGGAGCUUUUCUCUUAAAGCAACAACAACAAUAAUAAUAAUAGACUUUUGAUAUUUUUAUUAUCAAUUUUUUUUGAUAAAAUUUUAAAUUAUGCAUGAUAUCUUUGUCUUAUUGGACUUUUUAUUGAAUCAUUCACAAUAAGUAAUGGAAAAAAUAACUUAAUUACCUUAGAAAAAACAUUUUCAACAAAAUAGUUAUAAAUGUAAGUGUAAGCAAAAGCAUCUUCAUUAUAUAUAAAACAAAAUCUAAGGCGAGAUAUUUUUCACCCAGUUAAUUACAAAGUGACAAGGGUGUAUUUUUAUAAAUAGGUUUUUUAACAUUUUAAUACUUCGUGUACUAAGUGGUUGUGUUUUAUUAUGCAUUGUUAUUUUUUAAUAUAUGUAGUUUUUGUUUG